UUCGCACGCCUUAGUUAGUACAAGGUGCGCGGGCGCAAGAAUCGGCGUGUCAGCCACCGUCACGCUACUCGAAGUCAUAUUGGUUUUUACAAUAAUUUUUUGUUUAGUGCACAGUGUUUUUAAAUGUUUAUGAACAAUAAAUAGGCGAAGAUAACAAUGAUUAAAUUCACAGCUUGCCUUUUGGCAAUAUGUAAUGCGGUGUGUGGGCAAUAUUUAAAUUUGUUGACGAAUCCUGGUCAAACGUUCUUACAAGGAGUUUCACCUUCGAAUUUUCCUGUGAACAAUAGAGGCUUAUUUCCAGUCCAAAGACGGCCUGUCAAUGGGCUUGGCUACCUUCAAGCGCUGAACAUCGAAGAGCUUGCGAGAAAACUCAACACAAGUUUCAGCAACCCACCUCCACCUUUGGGCUCAGCUCAGGAUCCAGCCACACAAACUUGUGGACUCGUUCCACCUUAUUGCCUUAAAUCUCGGUAUCGUACAAUAGACGGAUCCUGUAAUAACUUGUUUAAACCAGCUCUGGGGACGCCUCAAACUCCUUAUGGUCGAUUAGUCGAAUAUAAAUAUGGCGACGGUGUAAGUGCUUUCCCUACGUCUGUGUCUGGCAAGGAUCUGCCCAAUGCUAGAGUUAUAAGCUCUUUUCUUUUCCCUGACAAAAACCUUGUUGACCCCAUAUGGAAUUUAAAUGCGCAACAGUGGGGUCAAAUAAUCACUCAUGAUAUGUCGCUCACCGCUGGUAUUGCACAAAGUCACAAAGACACAGUAACAUGCUGCGACGACAACGGCCAACUGGCACCAGACGCGGCUACAAAUCCUCUUUGCGCUCCCAUCCUUUUCCCGCUAAAUGAUCCAGUCCAUCCCCAAGGACCUCAAUGUAUAAACUUCGUCAGAACAGGAACAACCAGAGACAGGGGAUGCACACCACGCUACGCUCCUGCUCAACCGCUCUCGACAGUAACUGCGUAUAUGGAUGCUUCAUUUUGCUAUGGAAGCAGUGAAGGUCAGGCUAGACCAAUAAGAGCUUUCGUUGGAGGUCGUUUAAAGACAAUUCUCAGAGGAGGACGGGAAUGGCCGCCUCAAGAUCCUAACGUUACCCUUACUUGUGAAUCGGCUCAAUCACCUAACGAACCCUGUUAUUUAGCUGGUGACAUUAGAGUAAAUCAAAAUCCUCAACUAACAAUUCUGCAAAUUAUCGUCCUCCGGGAACAUAAUAGGAUAGCUGGUAUUCUAUCAGCAAUAAAUCCACACUGGGAUGACGAGACGCUGUAUCAAGAAGCGCGUCGUAUUCUCAUAGCUGAACUACAACAUAUCAACUAUUAUGAGUAUUUGCCAAUAUUCCUUGGUUUCGAAAAUAUGGUAAAGAAUAAACUUAUUUACCCGGGCGCUAACGGGUAUGUAAACGAUUACAAUCCGAAAGUCGAUCCGUCUGUUUUGGACGAGCACGCUACAGCCGCCUUUAGACACUUCCACACGCUGAUCAGAGGUUAUUUAAAAUUAGUAACAGAAAGCAGACACUUAGCGGGAAUAGUUCGUCUCAGCGAUUGGUUUAAUCGUCCGCUACUUAUUGAACUCGAAAAUGCUUUCGAUGACUUAACGAGAGGUCUGACGUACCAAGAACAAUCCUUCAGCGAUCAAUUCUGGGACAGCGAGAUCACCCAGUUUUUGUUCAAGCGUAAUAACACUUUCGGAGGAGACCUUCGAGCGAUAGACAUUCAACGCGGUCGCGACCACGGUCUCGGUAGCUACGUGAGCACGCGAGCUGCCUGUGGCCUCCCCGUACCUCAUACCUUCAAUGAGAUGUUGGACUUUAUAUCAGCAGAGAACGUCGAAGUACUGAAAGCUAUCUAUGAACAUCCUGGAGACGUGGACUUGGUUGUCGCUGGAUCGCUAGAGCAUAACGUUCCUGGCGCACAAGCUGGACCAACGUUCCUCUGUAUCCUCACUGAGCAGUUCUAUCGUACGCGAGUUGGCGACAGAUACUUCUAUGAGAAUGGUGAUCCAAGUAUAGCAUUUACACCAAGUCAGCUCGAAACCAUUCGCAAAGGGUCAUCAAUCGCUCGUAUUUUAUGUGACAAUAGCGACAAUAUCCGACACAUGCAACCGAAAGCCUUCCAGCAAAUUUCGUCCGGAAAUAUGCCUGUGCCUUGUGACAAACUGCCAGCCAUCGAUCUAAGUCUGUGGCGAGAUUUUGAAUUUCACUAAUUUAUUAUACGCUCAUUUUUUUAUUUUCCUAAUUUAAUUCAUAAAAAGUUACCAUGUUAUAUAAAUUAAUAAUAAAAUAUUCUAUAUAAAAGUAUAAUAUAAUUGUAUAAAUGCUAUGUAAAUGAAAUUGAAUGGGAGUGAAAGAGAAGUUACGAAGAAUGAAAUGUAUAUAAUAUUAUCUCAUAAAAAAAAAGGAAUUUAA